AUGGCGAGCUACGGAGGAUACAAUGGUUACGGGGCGGGAAACCGGAGCAGCGGGGGGUCGUUAAAACAAUCGGAGAGGUCAAGAUGGACGCCCCUUACACGAAUGCUGCUGUCGGGCGAGAUGACCCAGGAGAAGCAAAAAGACUUGACGCCACGGGAAAAGUUCGACCGAUGGAUGGUGAAUGAGGGAUACCGGCGAAUUUUCGUUUUUGUCUUCAUGCUUCUUCACGCGACCGUCUUUGCCUUUAGUUUUGUCCACUACACGCUCAAGGACAACCUACAGAUUGCGCGGGACACGUUUGGGCCAACAUUCAUGAUUGCGCGUGCGUCGGCACUCGUCCUGCACGUCGAUGCGGCUCUCAUUCUCUUCCCCGUCUGCCGGACGCUUGUCUCGCUGGCGAGGCAGACGCCACUAAACGGCAUCAUUCAGUUCGACAAGAACAUCACCUUCCAUAUCACCACCGCCUGGUCCAUCUUUUUCUUCUCGUGGGUACACACGAUCGCCCACUGGAAUAAUUUUGCCCAAAUCGCGGCCAAGAACAACUUGGGCUUCUACGGCUUCCUGCUGGCCAAUCUAGCUUCCGGCCCGGGCUGGACGGGGUAUGUGAUGCUGAUUUCCUUGACUGGUAUGGUCAUCACAUCGGUGGAGAAAACGCGCCGCGCCAACUACGAGAGGUUCUGGUACACGCACCACAUGUUCCUCAUCUUCUUCUUCUUCUGGUCAUUUCAUGGCGCCUUCUGUAUGAUCCAGUCCGACUUCGCGCCUUUCUGCCAAUCCAUCGGGACCUCGGCUAUCGGUGUCUUUUGGCAGUACUGGAUGUACGGCGGGUUCGCCUACCUGGCUGAGCGCAUCGCGCGCGAGGUCCGUGGCCGCCACAGGACGUACAUCUCCAAGGUUAUCCAGCACCCAAGCAACGUCUGCGAAAUUCAAAUCAAGAAGGAGCACACCAAAACCCGCGCCGGGCAGUACAUCUUCUUUUGCUGUCCCGCCGUCUCGCUAUGGCAAUAUCAUCCAUUCACUCUGACUAGCGCGCCUGAGGAGGAUUACAUUUCGAUUCACAUGCGCGUUGUGGGUGACUUCACGCGGUCGGUGGCCGAAACUCUAGGGUGCCAGUUCGACAAGAAGAAGACCGAGUCCUCCAAGGUCGUGGGUGUCAACCAGGACAACGACGAAGUCGAUCCCGCGCUACGCCGGGUUCUCCCCCGCGUGUACAUUGACGGCCCCUUUGGCUCGGCCUCCGAGGAUGUGUUCAAAUAUGAGGUCUCGGUGCUUUGCGGUGCGGGUAUCGGCGUGACACCCUUCGCGUCCAUCCUCAAGUCCAUCUGGUACCGGAUGAACUACCCGCAAAAGAAGACGCGGUUGAGUAAAGUCUACUUCUUUUGGAUCUGCCGUGACUUUGGGUCGUUCGAGUGGUUCCGUUCGCUGCUGCUCGCCAUCGAGGCGCAGGACGUCGACAACCGCAUCGAGAUCCACACAUACCUGACGGCCAAGAUCAAGGUUGAUGACGCCACAAAUAUCAUGAUUAACGAUGCCAACGCCGACAAAGACACGAUUACCGGCCUACGGUCGCCGACGAAUUUUGGGCGGCCCAACUGGGACAUGAUUUUUAGGGGUAUCCGCAAAUUGCAUGCCCCGUCCGAGGCGGGUGUGUUUUUCUGCGGGCCGAAGGGCUUGGGCAGCACAUUACAUAUUUUCUGCAACAAGUACAGCGAACCUGGGUUCAACUUUGUCUGGGGUAAGGAGAACUUCUAG